AAAAUGACUAAGGAAAAACCCACGUAUUUAUCGAUUAAAUAUGUCCGUGUGUGUAGCGUAAUGUAUUACAUCGGUAUCAGUCAAAGCCUGAUGUGACACUGCAGCAAACGACUUCUUCUAUUUUUCAAACUUUAGCGGAAAGAAACCACUGAAGGAUUUACCUGAAGUAUUUCAGAUAGAAAGUUCAUAUGGCCACCAACGAUGUGCUUAGCCGACAAGGACUCACAAAAGUUAAACAACUUGGCAAAGGAAGUUUCGCGUCCGUCUUUCUGUAUGAAGAGCAGAACGGGAAGAAACACGCAGUUAAGACAGUGCUCUUUACCCACAUGGCCAGCGUUAAGGAGUUUGACAAGGUAAUACAAGAAGUCGAUUUACUGUCCAAAUUGUCACACGAGCGGAUUGUGUCGUACACCGGCCAUAUCGUGGACGACAAUCGACUUCAUAUAUUCUUGGAGUACAUGGAAAGGGGUUCAGUCAAAGAAAUCAUUGAAGCAACUGGUCCCCUGGAUGUCGCUACUUGUUCUGUCUACACCAGACAGAUGCUGGACGGACUCACCUACCUACAUGGGGAUGACAUUCACAUUGUUCACAGAGAUAUUAAAGCUGCCAAUGUUUUGCUGGACGGUGACGGGAACGUGAAGUUGGCAGAUUUCGGGAUCUCCAAAGAGUUGCAGACGCUACGAUCUGACCUUCGAACUCAGGCCGGGACCUAUUACUGGAUGGCCCCGGAAGUCAUUAGGGCGGAGAAAUAUGGCAGGAAGGUGGAUAUUUGGAGUCUCGGUUGUACUGUGGUAGAGAUGCUGAACGGAAAACCACCCUUACACCAAUACACACCUCACCAGGCUAUACUUAAAGUAGGUCGAGGUGACCCACUAGAAUACCAGUUACCUGGAGACGCCGGGGAACUAGCUGCUGUUAGGUCUUUCCUGGAGAAAACCUUUCAGAAACAGUACAGCGAUCGACCCACUGCCGUGGAGCUGUCACAUGACCCUUUCGUUGCACUACAAAGUGGACAGUUUUAGAGCUCGCGGUAUAGGGAACAGUUUCAGGGCUUCUAGAUACUGGUAGCCCCAUUCCCAUGGCUAGUGAUAUUCAAUGUUGGGCUAGUAAAUAACUACUAUUGCCAUGCCAGAUGGCUAGUGAUUUUUUUUGGGUCAAAUGUUGCAGUCGA